AUGGGGCGGCCCCGGGCGCCCCGCCCCGCCCGGGGGGGCGAGGGGACACCGGCACCGGGGGGGGGACACAGCCCCGCACCUGCGGCACCGGCCGGGGGGGGACACGGGGACUCAGCCCCGCAUCCAGACAAGGACCCCGCUCCCGGCGGGACCCCCGCCCGCCGCCCCUCGCCCCGGCCCGGGGAGCGGGGGGACACCGGCACCGGCACCGGCACCGGGCGGGGGGACGGGCGGGAACCUGCCGGGUUCGCCCCCGCACCUGCCGCACCGUCCGGGGGUGGGGCACGGGGGCUCAGCCCCGCCCCAGGGAUCCCCCGGCCCGGCGGGGACCCCCGCCCGCAGCCCCCCGCCCCGGGGAGGGGCACGGGGGCACCGGGAGUGGGAACGGGAGCCUGCCCGGGGCCGCAGCCCCGCACCUGCUGCGGCGGGAGGGAGGGACACGGGGGCCCAGCCCCGCACCGGGGAUCCCCCGGCCCGGCUCGGGACACCCGCCCGCCGCCCUUCGCCCCGGCCCGGGCGGGGCCGGUGCCGGGAACUGCGGCGGCUCCUGCGCGGUGGCGGAGAUGGAGCGGCCGGUGCCGCUGCCCCGGGGGAUCCGGCCCCGGGCCCGGCACUACUACGAGGGCUUCGUGGACAAGUGGGGGCCGCGGGAUCAGGUGGGGGACACGGCCGGGACCGACACCGGCACCCCCGGGACCGACACUGGCACCCCCGGGACCGACACCGGCACCCCCGGACCGAUCACCGGCACGCCCCAGCACCAGCACCGGGGACUCCCCGGGACCGAGCGCCAAGAGCGACCCCCGGGGCUACCGGAGGCUCUGGGCCGGGCUGCGGGGGCUCCGUCUCGCCUUCUACAACGGGCCCCAGGAGCACGAGCCCCUGGAGGUGCUGGACCUGGGCGAGCUGGUGGCCGUGCAGGCCGAGGGCGGGGCGCUCGUCCUCAGGCUGAGGGGACAAGAGGUGACAAUGAAGACGGAGAGCUGGGAGGCGCAGGAGAUGUGGCGGGGAUUCAUCCUCACCAUGGCCAAGAGGAAACUCCCCCGGGACCUGGAGCUGCUGCCCGGACACAUCUUCCAGCUCCUGGAGGCUCUGCGGGAGGAGCGGGAGGGCAGGGACGGCCCCGUGUCCCCCGCCAGCCCCGUGUCCCCGGGGACACCCGUGUCUCCAGUGACACCAGUGUCACCAGUGUACUCGGUGACACCCGUGUACUCGGUGACACCCGUGUCUCCGGUGACACCCGUGUCACCGGUGUCACCAGUGUCACCCGUGUCCCCCGUGUCCCCCACCACCCCCGCGUGCCCCAGCCCGUCUGAGCCGGUCCCCAGCUGCUUUUUCGAGGUGACGCGAGCCGAGGCCGAGCGGCUGCUGGAGCAGAGCGCGGGCGGGGGGCGCCUCCUGCUGCGGCCCGGGGGGCACGGCCGGGGGCUCUCGGUCACCACGCGCCAGGAGCUCGGCGGGACCGCGCUGCUGAGGCACUACAGGGUGAAGAGGGAGGCCCAGGGCUACGUCAUCGACGUGGAGACCCCGCAUCGCUGCUCGUCGCUGGCCGAGGUGGUGCAGUUCUUCGUGCAGGGGAGCGGGGGGCAGCCUGCAGCCCCUGGAGGCCGAGUACAGCUCCCACCUGGAGUUCCUGCCCGUGGACGGGGCCCCCGGCUCGGGGGUGCCUCCCGAGGAGGAGGAGGAGGAGAUCUACAUGAACGACCCCGGGAGGACCCCGGAGCUGCUGUGUCGGAAGGGGGGGACACGGCGGAAGGGCUGGAAGGGGGCCCAGGAAGCUGCAGCUGCGCCAGGCUCCCCUCAAUGACUGCUGGGGACACCCUGGGGACACCCUGGGGACACCCUGCUGUCCCCCCUUUGUGCUAGCGGCCAGCGGGGCCCCCCUCACCCUCAGGGAUCGCUGUCCCCAGUGUCCCCUGGCCUGGGGUGACACUGGGGACGGGGGGAACCCCCUCAUGUUUGGGGGGACACUGUGAAUAAAAGACCCUGUGC